AUGGGAGGCAACUGCUGUUUCGUCCACUUCCUGGUCGCCGCCGUACUUGCCCACUUCCAUGGCGCUGUUGUCGGACAGUACCUGAACCAGACUACUCAUUGUGACCCUGCCGACCUGGAGGCGCUUCUGGCCUUCUCCAAGGGCCUGGGCACGGACGACGCCGGGCUUGUCGGAUGGGAAAGUCCCAACGACACCUCCUGCUGUUCCUGGACCGGCGUCUCAUGCGAUCUUGGGAGGGUGGUCGGCUUGGAUCUCUCCAACAAGAGCCUAAGUGGCGGCAUCUCCUCCUCCAUCGCCUCCCUCGACAGCCUCGUGGCGAUAAACCUCUCCCGGAACUCUCUUCGCGGCCAGGCGCCCGUGGAGCUCGGCCGGCUCCCGGGCUUGCGUGUGCUUGACCUCAGCGUGAACCUGUUCUCCGGCGGAUUCCCAGCCAGCGAGGAUGGCUUUCCUGCUAUCGAGCUGGUCAACAUCUCCUUCAACAGAUUCGACGGGCCGCACCCUUCGUUCCCCGCCGCGGCGAAGCUAACGGUUCUUGACAUCUCCGGCAACACCUUCUCCGGCGGCAUCAACUCAUCCACGCUCUGUCAUGCGCCGGUACAGGUUCUGCGGUUCUCAGGGAAUGGGUUCUCCGGUGAGGUGCCCAGCGGCCUGAGCCGAUGCAAGGCGCUCGUGGAGCUCUCUCUCGACCGAAACGACUUGACUGGCGACCUCUCCAGCAACCUGUACACGUUGCCCAAGUUGAGGAGGCUUCGCUUACAGGAAAACCAGCUCACUGGCAGUCUCGACAAUGCCCUUGGUAACCUCUCUCAGCUUGUGCAGCUUGACUUGUCCAAUAACAGGUUCACUGGCUCCAUCCCUGAUGUCUUUGGAAAGAUGAGGUGGCUAGAGUCCGUAAACUUGGCCACCAAUGAGUUGGAUGGUGAAUUGCCUGCUUCCCUGUCCAGUUGUCCACUGCUGAGGGUAAUCAGCCUGAGGAACAACUCGCUGUCUGGUGAGAUUGCUAUCGACUUCAACUUGCUGCCGAAGCUGAAUACUUUUGAUAUUGGAACCAACAAUCUGAGUGGUGUUAUACCUCCUGGCAUCGCCGUGUGCACCGAGCUGAGGACGCUGAAUCUUGCAAGGAACAAGCUCGUGGGGGAGAUACCAGAGAGCUUCAAGGAGUUGAGAUCCCUGUCGUACCUCUCAUUGACAGGGAAUAGCUUCACGAUCCUCGCAUCGGCAUUGCAGGUCUUGCAACACCUGCCCAACCUCACAAGCUUGGUUCUCACCAGGAAUUUCCGUGGUGGAGAGACAAUGCCAGUGCAUGGCAUCAGUGGGUUCAAGAGCAUGCAGGUGCUCGUCCUGGCAAACUGUUUACUGACAGGCGUAAUUCCGCCUUGGCUGCAGAGCUUGGGAAGCCUCAAUGUGCUGGACAUUUCAUGGAACAAGUUAAAUGGGAAUAUCCCACCGUGGCUAGGGAAGCUGGACAACCUCUUCUAUAUUGACCUGUCAAACAAUUCUUUCAGUGGUGAGCUUCCUAUGAGCUUCACACAGAUGAGUUUGAUUUCAACUAAUGGCUCGAGUGAGCGGUCACCAACAGAGGACCUCCUGUUACUCAUCAUGAGGAAUUCAACUGGCCAAGGUUUGCAGUACAACCAGGUCAGCAGCUUCCCACCGUCACUUAUACUCUCGAACAAUCUGCUUGUUGGGCCGAUCUUGUCAGGUUUUGGUCAUCUCGUGAACCUUCAUGUGCUGGACUUGAGCUGGAACAACUUCUCAGGGCCAAUUCCUUAUGAGUUAUCAGGCAUGUCUAGCUUGGAAGUUCUGAAUUUAGCCCACAAUGAUCUCAAUGGGAGCAUCCCAUCAUCACUAACAAAGCUGAAUUUCCUCUCCAAGUUUGACGUGUCGUACAACAAUUUGUCUGGAGACAUCCCAACAGGGGGUCAGUUCUCCACCUUUUCAGAUGAAGAUUUUGCGGGCAAUUCUGCGCUUUGCUCUCUUUGGAAGUCCUGUCAUCAGGCUGUGCAAUCAGAGGAUGAAGAUGAACACCAUGACAUGGACACUGCAAAGCAGAUCACAUCCAUCAUGUUGGAAGUUGGAUUUGCCUUCGGGCUUCUGAUGCUCUGGAGUGCACUGUAUUUUGUGAGGCCUUGGAGGAUUGCAUAUUUUAGGCUGGUUGACAGCUUAUUACUUGAUAGGCCAUGUGUCUGGACAGUGGUGAAAGUGACCAGCCUCGGAUUUAGAAAGGAGAAUGAAGUUCAUCCCUGA